AUGGUAGUAAGGGAAGGGCUGGGCUGUGAGGGGCUUGGCCGCGGAUGCAGGCUGCUGGGUUUUGGGUGGGGGUCAGGGGAUCUGCUACUCUUGCAGCUGAAUGGCACAGUGCGGCUGGCAGCGCCCGGGAAACAUGCGGAGCUGAGCUGCCCCUCAUCCCUUUCUGCCCCGGGAGGGGCGUCAGCUCCCAGCCAUGACUGACCUGAACAAGAUCCUGCACAAAUGGAGCGCCAGCCUCAAGAAGGGCACUGACUUCGACUCAUGGGGGCAGCUGGUGGAGGCCAUUGAUGAGUACCAGAUAUUAGCACGGCAGCUCCAGAAGGAAGCCCAGUCUCCAGCCAACUCCUCAGACUUUACAGAGGAUCAGAAGAAAACCAUUGGGAAGAUUGCAACAUGCCUAGAGCUCCGCAGCGCCGCCCUACAGUACACGCAGUCCCAGGAGGGCUUCACGCUGGAGGAUGUAAAGACACUAGAACCAAUUCUAAGCUCCAUUCUCACCUUCAACAAAGAAUUCCCCUUUGAUGUUCAGCCCAUUCCAUUAAGGAGGAUUUUAGCGCCCGGAGAAGAGGAAAAUCUAGAAGUAGAGGAAGAGGAAGAAGAUGGUGGGGCCGGAGUUGGGUCUCCUGAUUUGUUUCCUGCCCGUGUCCCAGGAGCCAUUCAAGGUCUCCUUCAUUCCCCAGGUACGCUCCUACCCAGGCUGCCGUCUGAACCCGGGAUGACGUUACUCACAAUUAAAAUUGAGAAGAUUGGCUUGAAAGAUGCAGGACAGUGCAUUGAUCCUUACAUUACUGUUAGUGUAAAGGAUCUAAACGGCAUUGAUUUGACUCCAGUACAAGACACCCCAAUGGCCACGAGGAAAGAAGACACCUACGUCCAUUUUAAUGUCGAAAUUGAAAUCCAGAAACACGUGGAAAAGCUAACAAAAGGGGCAGCUAUAUUCUUUGAAUUCAAGCACUACAAACCGAAGAAACGCUUCACCAGCACAAAGUGUUUUGCUUUCAUGGAGAUGGACGAGAUCAAGUCGGGACAGCUCGUAAUAGAACUCUACAAGAAACCCACUGACUUCAAAAGGAAGAAACUACAGUUGCUGACAAAGAAGCCGCUGUACCUGCAUCUGCUGCAAACUCUGCAGAAGGACUGAGCGUGGGCGUGUCCCUCCCAGGCCCGGCCCCCUGCAGUACCCCGGCACGCAGGCAGGGGGGGGGGGCAUUCCAUCACUGGAGUCACAGAGCAAGAGAAAGCCAUCGGGAUAUGGAACGUUUAUCUACAUUCACAAAACUCAUUUUUUUAAUAGAAAUAUGUUCCCCGAAAGUAUCUAUUUUUGGCCCAAGGGUCGAGGCCGCAGCAAUAACAGACUUGGGGUGUAGCACCUUGUGUUUCUCUGCCGCCCAUGUACGUGCCCCGCGGUGUUAAAGGACUUGGUGACUGGCUCACUCUUGUACAUAGGAGUCUAACACGUAUGCUGUGUGUGCAUACAGCGCAGGCAUGCUACCCGGGGGGAUCCAUUAUGUAUUUACCCAGAACCCCAGUGCAUGGAACCCCCCCUGUAUUACAUCCUUCCAAUAAAAACCACUGGGAUUUUUUAUAAGCAGAAUCCUAUUUUCUACAGAUCUAAUUUAAAUCCUUUGUAAUCGGUGUAAUGUGAUUAUGAUGCCCCGCCCAUCCCGAUUCCUUGGCACCUGAUUGGUCCUGUACUCAUUCUAAUGUAUAUUUUAUAUUUAAUCUUCUACCGGCGCAUUCAGUUUACUGGUAAAGCUGAAUGGGCGGGAAAGUAAUGAUUUCCUAUGUAAUUGAUUCCCAACACAUAAAAGCCCCUAAUUGCCCCAGAGUUUGCUGAUACAGUGUGGGACUGGGUCUCCUAGGGCCCCCCAGAGCCAACGCUUACAGCCAUUAGAGAGACAUAUAGGCAUAUUCUCUUGAUUGGCCGAUCUGACACUGUGCUGUAUUCUUGUCACUUCCCAUUGGCUCAUAUAGGUGACCAAUGGCAGUGCUGUAUAAUUUGUAAUCCAUUGCCACAGCUUUCCCCAAAUAUGGCACCCUAAGCAACGUGUGGGUCACCUUGAAAGUGAUUGGCAGCAGAGCCCACCCCUCAUUGUACCUGAAAUAGUACCACCCCCCCUAGUGCUACACUACAUCAUCCAAUCAAAGAGGCAGUUGAACUGUUUUUUUUUUUCUUUUUAAUAUUGAAAUAUUGUUUGGCCCCAGGAGAGUGAUUGACAAGGUGGGGCGCUCAGUAGAACAUUGCAACAAACUCCACUUCCAUGUAAACUUUGUUAAAAAUAAAUGGUUUUGUUAGAUAAAA